GGAGAGGAAUAUCUUCCUACAAACCUUUUCUUGUCCUCACUUUUGUAUCUCUCGAGGGAGAACCUUGAUAUAUAUUCAGAGAAAUGCGUUUCUUCCAAUAUCUUUUUCCCCGAGAGACACUCGCACUGUGAAGUUAUUACCAUUCAUCAUUUAUGAAUAAGACGAGGCUCUUCAAGAUUGGAACAAGAGUACAUCAAGGAUCUAUAGAGAUUUAUAUUCUUGCCAGCCCAACACACGACAGUCCAAUACCAUGCAAUCACCAUCGAGUUCCUCAUUUCAGCUACGCGAGCAAAACCCCCCAUCGCCACCAAAGGUCUGUAUAGUCGGCGCUGGACUCUCCGGACUUCGAUGCGCGGAUAUACUACUCCAACAUGGUUUCGAUGUUACCAUUCUCGAAGGACGUGAUCGAAUUGGUGGCCGAGUUCAUCAAGUAAGCUUACCAUCCGGUCCCUUAGUCGAUCUAGGAGCAAAUUGGCUUCAUGGCAGCGACGAUCAACCAUUAUUGGAUAUUGCCAAAAGUACAAGUACGGAAAUGCAUACUUGGGCUGAAAAGGGAAUAUGGUUUGGAGAAGAUGGGAAGCCUCUUGUUAAUGGAGAUACAAUGAUGAAUGAAGUGUGGGAAAUUAUUCAUGGGGCGUUUAAGUAUUCCGAAGAGAAUUCGGAUAGUAUCGACCCUGAUAAAAGUCUUUAUGAUUUUAUUGAAGAAAAGCUUUUGGAAAGGUAUCCUGAUGAUGCGGAGAAGAGAAGAAUCUCGAUUCAAUUUGCUGAUAUCUGGGGGACUUUUGUUGGAAGUUCAGUGAAGAAGCAAAGUUUGAAAUUCUUUUGGUUGGAAGAGUGUAUUGAUGGAGCAAAUAUUUUUGUCGCUGGAACAUACAAGAACAUUCUCGCUCAGGUUGCUAAACCAGCUCUAGAAAAUGCGAAAAUCAGACACCUAACAAAAGCAAUCCGAGUGGAAACAAACUCAAAAAAUGUCACCGUAUUCACAGAUGAUGGCAAAAGCCUAGAAUUCGAUGAAGUGGUGAUGACCACACCACUCGGCUGGUUGAAGAAAAACAAACAAGCAUUCCAACCUGCACUCCCCACGCGAUUUCUCUCCGCCAUUGACUCCCUAGGUUUCGGUUGUCUCGAGAAAGUCUACAUCACUUUCCCCCAGGCCUUCUGGACCGAUCUCACCCUCUCUCCCUCUUCCCAAACCUUUGACGGUUUCACUCAAUGGCUCGCUCCCAACUACACCCCCACCACCAAUCCGCAUAAAUGGCAUCAAGAAAUCGUACCUCUCUCUUCAUUCACAUCGGAAAAUGCACAUCCCACCCUCCUCCUCUAUAUCUACGGCGAGCAAUCCCAACUAUUCGCGCAAACCCUCUCUGGACUCCGCACUCCCGCCGAAAAAGACGCAUUCCUGAUUCCCUUUUUCAAACCCUACUAUUCCCUGCUCCCUAACUACCAAGAGGGCCAUGCAGAUUGUACACCAUUGUCCUGUGUGGGUACGACGUGGAUCAACGAUGAUCUGGCGGGAAACGGCAGUUAUACGAAUUUUCAAGUGGGGCUGCGAGAGGGGGAUGAGGAUGUGAAGGUUCUUCGAGAGGGUCUUCCGGAGAGGAGAUUGUGGUUUGCGGGGGAGCAUACAGCGCCUUUUAUUGCGUUGGGCACGACGACGGGGGCUUAUUGGAGUGGAGAGGCGGUGGGGAGGAGAAUGGUGGAGGCGUAUGGGAUGGGUGAGAAGGGAGUGUGAGGGGUUUUUUUUGGAUUAUUGCACUUUGCAGAUAGAUUUUGUGCUUGUGUGUAGAUUUUGCAUGGGGUAUGCGACAAACGCUGUAUAGAAAUUAACCCCUUA